CUAGAGUAUGCAGCAAUUAUAUUCUCUCGUAUAAGUAGUCAUUGAAAAAUACACUUGUCUCUUUAAGGGGAAGGAAGAAAUGUGACAUGAGCAUGAAAAAACCAACUAGCACAGGACUAAUAAAUUGCGUAAUAGAGAAACUGCAGAGCAAGCGACAAGGACUUCUCCAAGAGCUGAAGUCAGGGUAUUAUUGGUUCGACUAAGGUUGUUCAAUGAGGUAUUUCUGAGAAAGGGAUAAGACUACAUGUGAAGUGGUUGAAUUGAAAGAGAGAAAGAAUACAAUAACUCCAUGACUUCAGUGUAUGACCAACAACAGGUGAGAAGAGGACAGCACAACUACAGAGUAGCUAAGCCUUGUUUGGUGCUGAGCUGUGGAAAAGGGUGACAGUAAUCACUGAAGAGAAAUAAUGGCCGUCCAUGAGCCAAAAGACAAAAACAAUGGCGUGUGGCUGAUCUUUUUCAUGCUGGGCUUAGGAACUCUCCUGCCAUGGAACUUCUUUAUGACAGCCACCAUGUAUUUUACCAGCCGUCUCAGCGACCCCUCCCAAAUGGGCACCAACCUGUCAGGCAAUGGGACCGGGGGAGAAGGGGACAACCGUAGCCUUUUGGAGGCCAAGUUCAAUAACGUAAUGACGCUUUGUGCCAUGGUGCCUUUACUGGUCUUCACCUGUCUCAACUCAGUCCUGCAUCAAAGGAUUCCUCAGAAGUUUCGGAUCAUGGGCAGCCUGGCAGUGAUUUUGGUGGUGUUUCUUCUGACGGCCAUCUUGGUAAAAAUAGAGAUGGCACCCCUCCCCUUCUUCACGUUGACCAUGAUCAAGAUUGUCAUCAUAAACUCCUUUGGCGCUAUCCUGCAGGGUAGUCUGUUUGGCAUGGCAGGCCUAAUGCCUGCCAAAUACACCACGCCCAUCAUGAGUGGGCAAGGCCUGGCGGGCACUUUCGCUGCCUUCUCCAUGAUCUGUGCUAUCGCAAGUGGCUCAGAGAUAAAUGAUGCUGCUUUUGGAUACUUCAUCACAGCCUGUGCAGUGAUCUUAUUGGCCAUAAUAUCCUAUGUGGUCCUCCCUAAACUGGAGUUCUACCAAUAUUAUAAGAGCCAAAGUGGAAACAGGGUUAGUGAUGAGGAGAACAAGCUGGAUCUUCUCAAGAAAGAAAAUGCUACAGAGAAUAGACCCGUUUUCAAACAAGGAGAAGAGGAGCAAAACGUGUCCAUGUUGACCAUCUUCAAGAAGAUCUGGGUCCUGGCUCUCUCUGUGUGUUUUGCCUUCACCAUCACCAUCGGCACCUUCCCAGCAGUCACUGUGGAUGUCAAGUCUACCAUCGCUGAUGGAGGCACCUGGGAGCUGUACUUCAUCCCGGUGUGUUGUUUCCUGCUCUUCAACCUCAGCGACUGGGUUGGGAGAAGCCUUACUGCUGUGUGUAUGUGGCCUGGGAAGGACAGCAAACUGGUGCCCAUUCUUCUGGUGGCCCGUGUGAUCUUCGUGCCGCUCUUCAUGCUGUGCAAUGUUCAGCCCCGCUACAACCUGCCUGUCUUCUUUGAACACGACGCCUGGUUCAUCGUCUUCAUGAUCCUCUUUGCCUUUUCCAAUGGAUACCUGGCCAGCCUCUGCAUGUGCUUUGGGCCCAAAAAAGUUGCUCCUCAUGAGGCGGAGACAGCUGGAGCCAUUAUGGCCUUCUUCUUGUCCCUAGGUUUGGCUCUGGGAGCAUCCCUCUCAUUCCUCUUCAGAGGCCUGGUCUAAAAUGGCACCUUGUAGAGAACAUGACCCAUAACCCAAACACGACCCAUAACACUUGCAUUGUAACAAAUUGUCAAAAAUGUAUUUGUUUCUUUUUUAAACAAGCAAUACUGAUUCACCUCAAAUCUGGUCUUCCAAAGAACAGAAGGUGGCAAGCAGCUUAAGACCAGGAUUCAAUCCGAUGGCACUUUGUCAGCUAUGCGCUAUUUAAAGGUAAUUUUCCAAUUGAACUGACAUAUAAAGCGUUUAUCGUGAAUGCGGUCUCCGCAAACGCAGGAACAUUACCUUUAACAGCCGAUAGUGUGAGGAUUUUUUUGUUUGACAGCUACCAAACUAACCAAAACUGACCUAAGUAGAGCGUUUGUGAAAUUAGGCAUCUACAGGUUCCUACUAUCCAUGGGAGAUCACAUUCUAUGCAAUUCAGUGCUUCGCUUUUGAUUCUGUAGUAUUCCAAUUUGAAUCCUUAUGAAGCUGAAUCCUUAUGAAGCCAUGAGCUCGAUACGAAGCAAGUCAAACACAAUUUACGGCUAUAUUAACUGCCAUUUAUUGGCAAAUAUAUUUAAUCAGUAUGAGUGCAAUAGACAGUGUAUACAGUGUAAUCAUGAAUAACAUUACAACAAAGGGAUGACACAAUCCCUACAAGAAGGUGAUGUGCAGUGUGCACUAUUAAAAAUAGACUCAGCGAGAUGACGUUGCAACAAGCAACACCGCAGAUAUUGAGAUGAGCGUGAAUCUGCCAGUGGGGAGGC